UUCUGGGGGCGUUCUUACUUCUUCUUUUCUUGCUUGGCUCUCAGCUUGUCAGAGUUUUCUUCUUUUUAAUGCUGCUCCUUUGGUGUCGCUAAAGUGCAGCUCGACUCAUGGCAGAGAUGGAAUGUCGCGUGUUGUCCAUUCAGAGUCACGUUGUCCGCGGAUAUGUGGGGAAUAAGUCGGCGUCGUUCCCUCUGCAGGUGCUGGGUUUUGAAGUGGACUCCAUCAACUCUGUGCAGUUCUCCAAUCACACAGGCUACGCCCACUGGAAAGGUCAAGUCUUGACAGCCGACGAGCUCAUCGUGCUGUACGAGGGCAUCAAGCUGAACAAAGUCAACCACUAUGACUAUAUCCUCACAGGGUACAGCAGGGACACGUCCUUCCUGGCGACAGUGGUGGACAUCAUUAAAGAGCUGAAAAAGGCCAACCCCAGUCUGGUAUAUGUUUGUGACCCUGUGAUGGGAGACCAAGGUGCAAUGUAUGUCCCGGAGGAACUUCUGCCAGUUUACAGAGACAAAGUAGUGCCUUUGGCGGAUAUCCUUACGCCCAACCAGUUUGAAGCAGAGCUAUUAACUGGAAGAAAAAUCCACACAAUAGAAGAUGCUGUUGAGGCAAUGGAAUUGCUUCAUAAAAUGGGUCCUGAUAUGGUGGUCCUCACGAGCACUGACUUGCCUUCACAACAGGGAGACCAGCACCUGGUGGCCCUUGGCAGCCAAAAAAUAGUGAAACCGGACGGGAGCGUUUACAAUCAGAAGAUCCGCAUGGACAUCCCCAAAGUCGACGCGGUAUUUGUGGGGACGGGAGACCUGUUUGCUGCCUUGCUGCUUGCCUGGACACACCUUCACCCCAAAGACCUGAAGGCUGCCUGUGAAAAGACGGUUUCCGUCAUGCAUCAUGUCAUCAAGCGCACCAUUACCUACGCUAAUGAAAAAGCCGGCCCGGGGAAAAGGCCGAGCCCCGCGCAGCUGGAGCUGAGGAUGGUUCAGAGCAAAGGCGACAUAGAGAACCCGACCAUCGUAGUGGAAGCUAAAGUUCUACAGCAGCCGUAACGACUUAGCUUCGUAAACACACAUUGGCACAGGUAAUGUAGGAUCUUCCCAUCCGGGUGUUAAACUCGAGAAGGGCCAAUACUUACUCUGUACGGAGACACUCCAGAAUCACUGCCGUGCAUCUCUCGCUAUUAGGAUGUCUGUAGAAUCUUAGAAUCAAUCAAUUAGCCAAUAGGACCUAUUUUUAGAGGGCAAAGCACUUGACUAGUAAAUGGACUUGAAGAUCAUGCAUGCUUGUCCAUGCCUCAGCUUGUUUAAGUUUCACUAUGAAGUCAGAGCUCACCAUAGGUGCGUUGUGAUUUUCAGUAGGGAAGGAAUUCAUAUGGCUGGAUCUCACGUGAGAGGAAGAGUGGGGGUAGAUCAUUUUGCAAAUGAUGGCAACUGACGCUGUGGUCAAAGUUCGAAUUGCCACAAAACACAUUUUACCAUAUUCAACACUGCAGGGGUGUCAAACUCAUUUUAGAUCGGGGACCACGUGGAGAAAAAUCUACUCCCAAGUGGGCCGGACCGGUAAAAUCACGGCACGGUAACUUAAAAACAAAGACGACUUAAGAUUGUUUUCUUUGUUUAAAAAUAGAACAAGCACAUUCUGAAAAUGUACAAAUCAUAAUGUUGUUGUUUUUUUUUUUUUUACACUUACAUGUUGCGGUUAAAAGUAUUCUAUCUUUAUUUGUCGUUUUAGCUGGGUUGGUAGGGCGGCCGUGCCAGCAACUUGAGGGUUCCAGGUUCGAUCCCCGCUUCCGCCAUCCUAGUCACUGCCGUUGUGUCCUUGGGCAAGACACUUUACUCACCUUCUCCCAGUGCCACCCACACUGCUUUAAAUGUAACUUAGAUAUUGGGUUUAACUAUGAAAAAGCGCUUUGAGUCACUAGAGAAAAGCGCUAUAUAAAUAUAAUUCACAAUAAAAAUUCACAUAUUUAUACUUUCUGAAUAAAUGAUGUGAUAAUGUUCAUCAGUCAACUCAUUGGUGUUAAUUUUCAAUCUAUCAAGAUAGAAUAAAUAUCAAAAUCAAAUUAGAUUUUUUUUUUUUUUAGAUUUAGAUUUAUUGGUCCCCUUGGGGAAAUUCAUUGUCACUGCCGUACAUUUAAACACUAGACAUUACACAUCACACACACA